ACUAAAUUCACGACUUUCCUGUUGCAUUACUGCUGUAUCCAGUAUUUCUCUUACUAGUGAAAACAAACAUCAUCCUCAAGUGAUAUAAAAUAUUUAUAUGCUUGGGAAUGUGAGAGUUGGUUUUGGUUGUUGUGUAACAAUUGGUUAAGGUGGUGAAGAAUUUGAUGAGGAAGAAUUAGAGAAGAAGACAAAUGGAAAGGAGGGCAUUUGGGGUUGGGGGUUAAGCCUUCCACUACACACCACUUAGUUAUAUAUGCUCAAAAGAGAAGAAAAGAGACAGAUGAUGAUGAGGUGAAUGAACGAAUGCAGGAAAAAUGCAGAGGAAAAAGGCCUGCUUUCUUGUCAACUGGUCUGUGACUGGUAAAAGAGGAAGAAAGCAAUUAGAUGGAGAAGACCCACAUAAGAAAUUUGCAGAAGUGCGUAAGAAUACAAUUUCAUCGGCUGAAGAAGUUGCAGAGGAAAGAGACAUGGCAUGCUUUUUGGUGAUGCUUGCAUGCAGUGCUAAUGCCAAUGGAUCUGUGGAGGAUGGCAUGACAGAGGAGUCUGUCUUUCAGUCCAAGCCUAAAUUGAUGAUACCCAAGUAUGAAUCUGAUGGAAGCUUUGAGGAGUCAGAUGGUGGUAAGCCAAAGAUCAUCAAUCAGAAGAAGAUGAAGAACAGUAAUGUUAAGCAUAGCAUCAGGCCUAAGACUACUAGGACCAGGAUUAGGCCUGAUGAAGAUGGUGAAUCUGAAGCACUGUGGGGAGAUUCUUAUGGGGGAGAAACCAAUGGGAAAUAUAAGUGUAACAAAUGCCACAAGGUGUUUGAUUCUCAUCAGGGUCUGGGGGGGCAUAGAGCCAGUCACAGGAAGGUCAAAGGCUGCUUUGCAUUUACCAGGACCUAUAAGAUCAUUGAUGAAAAAUUCCAAGAUGAGGAAGAGGGAAUUACAGAGGAAGGAACGCUGAAAAUCAGCCAUUCUUCUUCAGAAAUAGUAGGUAUCAAGGUCAAAUCCCAUGAAUGUUCUGUUUGUCAUAAGGUUUUUCAAUCUGGGCAAGCUCUGGGUGGACAUAAGAGGUGUCAUCGGAUUGAAGAGAGGAUGCCCGCUGAAAGUAGCUUGAUCUCAAUGGAUACCCAACAGGGCCAAAGUGUGAGAAAUCAUCUGCCUGACCUCAAUCAAUCACCCCCAGAUGCAAAGGAGGAUUUUGAAGCUGUUCACAGUAUCACAGAUGAGGUUUUUUCUUCUCGGUAUGUUGGAAUCUAGUAUAGAACGUGCCCACAUUGAGUCUGUUGCUGGCGUCAAGACGAAACAGAGCUUUGCAGAUCAUAACCAUAUGCAAUUGCAAGGAGACAAUACAUAUGAAAUAUAGGAUCAAAUGAUCAUUAUAUGAAAAGAGGUAUUAGCCUCUUCAAGAAAAGCCUAUUAGGUCAUGAUGUGAAUACAUUUAACCAGGAUUCAGGUAUGUAAACUGUGGCAUCUAUGGCUUCUCGUUUACAGGCAUAAAACUGUCCAGGAAGCAGCUUCUGCUGGAUCACAACUCUAUAUGAUUCUGAUUCUCUCAUGGGUUACCGAUUAAGGCAUCAGAUGCAUAAUGAUUUGUCUUUUUCCCACUACUCUCUUUGGAAUACUGAAUCUAAGGUAUAUAACUCUGAUUUCUUGUACUGGAAAGUAAGAUGAUGAACUCGGAUUUUGUUUUUUCUUUUGCUAAAAAAGAUGAUGAACUGUGCUAUUAACAAAGUAAAUGCAAGUUGGGUUUUAUCUGUCAAUCCCCAUUAUUGGUUUGGAUUCAGUUCAUGUCUUCAGAAUAUGUUUGCCUUAUACUGGGCCGCAAUAAGCCUGUCACAUCUGCCCUCAGGGUCUGCUAUGACACAAGAAUCUGGUACUUCUAAGAACAGAAAAUGGGGCACUAGGUAGGAUGAAUUUUAUAGAAAUACCUUAAAUCAAAUGGAUUUGGUUAGCUUGUUUGAUGGUGGUAAAAAUGGUGAAAAAAAUUUCUGCAAGAUGAUCCUCAUCAUAACUGGGGAUAUCAUUCACAGAUUCAAAUGUUGUGGAUCCAUAUUCUUCUAAAUCCUUAUAAGUUUACUAUGUAAUUUUGUCAUUAGAUUAUCCUAAAUCUUUUCCUUA